ACGCCUUACACCUCUUUCUCUCCCUCACACACUCUCUCAUUUCUCUUCUCCCACUGCCCCGGUUCACAACCACCUAACCAACUCCUGGGUAACGUUGAUAUGGGUAUGAGUGACCUGUGAUCGCGUUGUCAGGUGCCUGUUGUGCCAUGCCAGAGCUUGCCCGUCCCUCCCUCUCUCCUUUCGAGGACCGCAGCCCCCGCGUUCAUCCUCCCCAUUCCAUGACUCUCCGCCAUCGAGGUUCAGCCCGGUCUGCAACCUUCGCAGAGGGUACCACCAACCUUCGAGAGCAGCGUCGCAAUUCUACCCUGUCGGACUCGGUAUCUGAGGCCCGGAACUCAAUUCGGUCAUCCACAGACGACAUACUUUUUCCACGUGCAGCCAAGAGGAAUGACGUUGACCUGACAAAUGAAGAAUCGCACUGGCAUUCGGCACCCUUGGGUCUCGCCCUACUACCUGCUGUCGCCGGAAUCUUUUUCCAAAACGGAGGCGCCGUAGUCACCGAUGUCACUCUUUUGAUCCUAGCAGCCGUAUUCUUGAAUUGGUCUGUCCGAUUGCCAUGGGAUUGGUAUCGCUCCGCACAGGCCGUCCGCCAUGCAGAUAGGUUCCUCGACGUGCCUGAUUUACCAUUGGAGUCGGAUGCAGAUGGUCACCCACCCCCGCACAAAACUCCAGACAAUGCCGCCGGUCCCGAUGAACAGAACCGCUCGGAUAGCGCGGCUGCAAUUGCGGCUAGUAGGGAGCUACAAAUCCAUGAACUUGUCGCUCUUGCGUCUUGCUUUAUUUUUCCGUUGGUUGGAACAUGGCUCUUGCACACCAUCAGAUCCAGAUUGUCGCGCCCUUCAGAAGGGCUGGUCUCCAACUACAACCUGACCAUUUUCCUACUAGCAUCGGAAAUCCGUCCUUUCUCCCAUCUCCUCAAAAUGGUGCAGGCGCGAACUCUCCAUCUCCAGCGCAUUGUCGCCUUACCGACUGAAGACGAGGGAAACAAAAUAGACAUGCUUGAUCUCGCCAAGCGCCUCGAGGAACUCGAAGCCCACGUAGCUGAGACAGCUGCAGCACGCCUUUCAGCCAAAUCACCGGGUCAAGUCCAACAUUCUACCCCAGACCCGGAGGUCGUCCAGUCAAUAGUCACUCAAGCAGCCACCGAAGUGCGAAAAACCUUCCAAGCAGACAUCGAUGCCUUGAAUCGGGCUGUUCGACGCUACGAGAAGCGCACCGCGGUGACUGCCUACCAAACCGAUUCUCGUCUUCAAGCCCUCGAAACCCAGAUGCGCGACGCCGUCUCUUUAGCAGCGGCAGCCCAUCACACGAACACCCGACAUCCCCGGAACAUUCUACUCAAGUUGGUCAGUUGGGUCUACGCGGCCUUUCUACUGCCCAUGCAGGUGUUCAUAUCCGUUGCCAGUCUCCCAAUGCAUGUGUCCAUGAGCUGCGUUCGUUAUCUUAGAGACACACUAUUUUCAUUAUCAUCCCUAGCGCCUAGACCCGCAAAGGACACAGCAUCGCAAGACAAAUCACGCUCCCUGAAACGAUCAAAACGAGUGCCUUCUCAGCAAGACGCAGUUAAUCAACGUUCCCUGGAUCCCAUCGAAGAGAGCAGAUAAUCUCGUGCAGCCGACUAUACGGACUUCAUCGGUGGUGCUAAUAUAUCUACACCUACUAGGCGGUCGAGGAGUUAUACCCAUCCCGCCGUCUUUUGUAUCAUCGUUCUUUUUCUGGGCUCAUACCUUCCCGAGUAGUAAUACGACAGAUACGUCCUCUGUCUCAUCGAUAUCUCGUUUAGAAAGACUUUCUUGUUAUUACAUGCCCACUCCGGGUUUGUUUGGAUGGAGAUUUAGUCGGCAAUAGAGCUAGGUAGACUGGUUUCAUGCCGAUAUUUUGGACUUAGGUUUGAGCAAUUUAUUUUCGGGGUUCUCGACAAUGUCUUGGUGUUAGAAGCAUAUUUCUGUAUCCGAACAAACUACUCAAAAGACCCAAAAUCAAUCAGAGAUCCAAAG